GGGGUCCUCAAAACUACUAUUGGGAGAUCAUAUCGAGUAAAUCUUUUGAAUUUGGAAUGUUUAAAUCUGGUAGGUCUCCUUUAUAUAUGCACGGACUCUGUUAAAAAAGAAUUCACUACGAACUUAUUUUCUAACAUCUUAAGGUUUCCUAGUCUCAAACGAUCCAAAAUCCCUUGUUAUGUACUUCGUAAGUUAUUAUGAAUGAGCAAAUACUUGCAGAAAUUCUAAUCCGUUUGCCGCCGUAUUCGGUUUACAGAUUCCGGGCAGUAUCAAAAUCAUGGAACGAGUUGAUUUCUCAUCCCUAUUUCAUCAAAAAAUACGACGGCCGGCAACGGCGGCCGGAUGAUGUUGGUUUGUUACGCUUAAUUAUGGGAGAUAUGUAUUGCCCCUGCAGUUUCUCCCAUUCAAAGACGCCCAAGAAAUCGCUUGAAUGCGAUUUUCUAGAUCUUAUGGUAAGCCGCAUGUUUCUAGAACGGCUCAAAUUCAUAAAUACCUCUAACGGUUUGAUUCUCUGCAAAAGUGAUCGCUAUGAGCAGAAGUACCUCGUUCUGAACCCGAUUACAAAAAGGUCGGUGACCUUGCCGCCGCCACCGUACUCGCGUUCAGCAGGAUCCAUCGGGUUGAUGUGCGAAGAGAACAAAAACCAACUGUCAGCCAAGUACACCGUCGUCCGUACUGCCGGCGAAGGCGAAAAGGGUACUAUGCAGAUCGUGACUUACUCUUCAGAGACAGGGGUCUGGGUCGCAGCCAAACUGCCGGUGAUCGCCGCCGCCGCCGCAAAAGAAGACAUCUACUUCUAUUUGUUCCGAGAUCCUCCUUUAGUGAUGAAUGGCGUUUUCCACUGGUACCAGUGUACCACUACUCCGACCAGGGGAGGAUCUAUGUUAGGGCUAUGGUGGGCUGAAGCCCAGGGCAAAGUAAAAAAUAAUUAUUUUUUUAAAGUAUUAUUUUUAAAAAAUUCCAUCCAGCCCACCCCAAAUUUUUCUAUAACCCAGUCCAAUUUUUCAGCCUAGCCCAUAAAAUAAAAUCUAACCAUCUAAAAAUCUAAUCUAAAUGUAUAUACAUCACCUCCCACUUAAUAAAUGGCACUUAGUAUAUACGUAUAAGAGCCAUAAAACCCAUAAAUGUAAUAAAUACAAUAAAAUAUGAUUCAAUUAAGAGCUUGAUUGGCAUGACAUGUUCACAACAACUUGUAAAGUGCUUGAGUAUCUUCAAGUAGUGCAUUGCUCAAAAGUGAGUUCUCGGGCAGAAGUUCUUAAUGUAUAUAGACACUUUCCAUGUUUUAAAUUUAUGUUCAAUUUACUUUUUAUGGACAAA